AUGUUGCCAGUGAUCUCCAGCCAUCGUCUUUGUUGGGUUAGGCUUCAGAGGAGAAUCUGCCUGAACCAGCCAGUGGGAAGCAGGCAGCACUCUCAGCAUAUGCACAUCAGAGUUGGAGACCGGGCUGAACUCAGCAGAGCCUUCACACAGAGGGAUGUGGUUGCCUUCUCAAAAUUAACGGGGGAUGUCAAUCCUUUGCAUUUAAAUGAAGAUUUUGCAAAAUGCACCAAGUUUGGAAAGACAAUUGUACAUGGAGUUUUGAUUAAUGGACUUAUCUCAGCUCUCCUGGGUACUAAAAUGCCAGGGCCAGGCUGUGUGUUUCUUUCCCAGGAAAUUAACUUUCCAGCCCCUUUAUACAUUGGAGAAGUUGUUUUAGCUUCAGCAGAAGUGAAAAGGCUGAAACAGUUCAUGGCUGUUAUUGCUGUGUCAUGUGUUGUAAAAGAAAGUGAAAAGACUGUUAUGGAAGGCUGGGUUAAAGUUAUGGUUCCAGAAGCUCCCAAGUCCUGAAAUAUGUGUUUAAAGAUGCAAGAUCAGGCAUCGAUGUUACUGUUUCUGAAGAGCCUCUGAGGAAGAUGGGUUGCUGUUCUUCGACAAGGAAUGGCCAGCAGAUCCAGCAUCGCAUAUAGGGGAGGGGAGCAGGCAGCAAGGUGUUCACAUGCCCACUUUAUAAUUUGGCCUUUUGAUUUCCACAAACUUAAGUGUAUUUAUCAUGUCUAGGUUAGUAAAAUUGAAAAAAUAUUGGGAAUGUUAUCAUUUAGCUAAAGGUUCUACUUUUAGGAUUUCAAAUCUACUUUUAGAUUUUCAUUUGGAUGACACAAACCUAAUAUAUCUCUAUAGAAUAAAUUUCUCACUGAAUUUAUAACUAGCUAGUAUUUUUAUUGAAGGCAACAAUAGAUGUUGGGUCGUCUUUGAACACCUAUCUUUUACCAAUAAAUAUUCUUGAAUACUGUUCUUCAGCA